AUGACGACCAAGGCGCAGGAGGAAGCGCUUCUCGACGCUGCAGAAGUGGGCAGUUUGGAUGACGUCAUCUCCUCUCUCGAAAAAGGCGUCGACGUCAACUGCAAGAGCAACUUGCGCUGGACACCAUUGCACUGGGCUGCUUCCAAUGGUCAUUUGGAGAUCGUCCGCUUUUUGAUCGAGAAGGGCGCGGCCAUCGACGUCAAAGACAAGAGUGGUUACACACCAUUGCACGAAGCUGCUGCCAAUGGUCAUUUGGAGAUCGUCCGCUUGUUGCUGACGAAGGGCGCGGCCAUCGACGUCAAAACCAAA